AUGUUCUUUGCAGUCUCUUUCUGCGUUUCAGCGGUAGUCUUGGUGAUCUUAUGGCCUCAGCUGUGGAGGCGAGUAAAGCAGCUCCAACUCCGCAACGUCCCAGGUCCUGCCUCGCUAUCAAUAUGGUCCGGUGUAGCAAAGAAGUUGCACGGCCCCUUUUCCAUCCCGUUUCGGGAGCAGACCCUCACGUCAUACCGCGGUGCCAUUCGGCUUCCUGGCUUCCUGGGUGAGGUCGAGUUAGCCAUAUCAGACCCUUUAGCUCUUGCUACGAUAUUCGGGAAAUAUCGCGAUGCUUUCGAUCUGCCCGCAUGGCGAAUUCACACUGGUAACACCGUGUUCGGGCCUGGCCUGACUGCGGUCACGGGUCGCGCACACUCCGAGCAACGCAAGCAAUUGAGUCCGGUAUUUUCGGUCAGAUACAUUCGCGACAUGAUCCCCACGUUCAACCGCGUGGGGCAAGAGCUCGUGGACGUUCUGCGACGCCAAGUGGCUGCUCCGCGAAGCGAGGUCGAGAUCGCCGAAUUCUUGAGCCGCUUUUCGCUCGAAUGCGUGGGCCGUGCAGCCCUAGGCUAUUCCUUUGGACCUCUUGAGAAGCACGGGACGGAUUACAGCCGCGCCCUAAAGGAGUUCGGCCCGACCGUGGUUCAGUUGCACACAUGGCGCCCGCUGCUCCCUUUUCUCAAGCGCUUCUUUCCCCGCAAGUGGUUGAGAUACGGGGCGGAGGUGAUACCAUACGCCCCGCUGCAGCGCAUGCGUUCCAUCUCGGAUAGUGUGAAUUCCACCGCGCGGCAGAUUCUGCAACAGAAGAAAGAAAUUCAUCGGAAGGCCGACAAGGCAGCCGUGCAGGAUCUGGGCGAGGGUAGAGAUGUCAUCAGUAUCCUCAUGCAACAUAACGCGAAGUCCCCCGGAGACGUUUCAUCGUCCUCCGAAGAGGACCUCGUUGGACAGAUGUCAUUGUUGCUUUUGCAAGCGACGGAUACCACCUCCUCAACCCUUGUCAGGCUCAUACACCAGCUCGCUCUCCACCCCGCGGUACAGGCACGGCUCAGACAGGAACUUACCGAAGCAACUGCCGGGGUGGGACGGGCUUUGCGAGACCUCGACUUUGAGGCUUACGCCGGGCUGCCGUACAUGGGUGCUGUCAUCCGCGAAACCGUCAGAAUGUACCCGGGAUUCUAUAUGGCCAGCCGGGUCGCAGAGCAGGACACGGUCCUCCCGCUAAGCAGUCCUGUCCAAGGCACAGAUGGCCAACCGCUGCAUGAGCUUGUCGUCCCUGCAGGUACGACUGUGUGGCUCAACAUCUUCGGCGUGAACCGUGACCCUGCCAUCUGGGGCGCGGAUGCGUCCCAAUGGAGGCCAGAGCGCUGGCUGGGACCGCUGCCGGAGAGCGUCGUCGAGGCACACAUCCCGAGCGUCUUUGCGCACACGAUGACAUUCGUUGCUGGGCCGCGAUCUUGCAUCGGGUACAACUUCGCGCUCGCCGAGAUACGCGUUGUCCUCGCACACCUGCUGCUCGCAUUCGAGCUUUACCCCUCUGAGAAGGAGAUCGUUUGGAAGAUGAGUGGGAUCGCGUCGCCGUCAGUCAAAGGAUCAAAGACAACGAAGCCAGAGAUGCCCAUUCUGAUGACCUCCUUGUGA